UUCUUCACAAUAAACACGGUGACGCGGUGCGGGAGCAGAAUCGCGUCAUAGAGACCAGAAGCAGAGAGAAAGAAGGGGCAGGGAGCUCAAAAGCCAAACAAGACUCAACUUUCUCCCCGUUUGACCUUUCCAAGCCCCGGAAGGUCCCUCCCACCGUCGCUGGCAAUGGCGGCCGUCGUCUCGGAGGAGGCCAUCAAGCAGUUCUCCGCGCUUAUGGAGCAGCUGGAGGAGCCCCUCAAGACCACAUUCCAGCAUGUGCACCAAGGGUAUCCAAGAGGAACUGUGAUGCGUUUUCUCAAGGCCAGAGAAUGGAAUGUUCCCAAAGCUCAUAAAAUGCUAAUGGAUUGCUUAAAUUGGAGGCUUCAGAAUGAGAUUGACAGUGUUCUUGCUAAACCAAUAGUGCCAUCUGAUCUGUAUAGAUCUAUUCGUGAAACACUACUUGUUGGAUUAACAGGAUACUCUAAGCAGGGACAACCUGUCUAUGCAUUUGGUGUUGGGCUCAGUACCUUUGAUAAGGCAUCAGUUCACUACUAUUUGCAGUCUCACAUACAGAUGAAUGAAUAUAGAGAUCGUGUUGUCCUGCCAGGUGCAUCUAACAUGUUCGGGAAACAGGUUAACACCUGUUUGAAAAUAAUGGAUAUGACUGGCCUGAAGCUUUCUGCCUUGAACCAAAUAAAGAUGUUGAGCACGAUAACAGCUGUUGAUGACCUUAAUUAUCCUGAGAAAACUGAGACCUAUUACAUUGUGAACGCUCCAUAUGUUUUUUCGGCAUGUUGGAAGGUUGUGAAGCCUCUUUUACAAGAAAGGACUAAAAAGAAGAUUAAAGUCUUAUAUGGCCCUGGAAGAGAUGAGUUAUUAAAGGUCAUGGACCAUGAGGCACUUCCGCACUUCUGUAACAGAGAAGGAUCUGGUUCAUUGUCAGAUGGAGUUGACUGCUACUCCUAUGAUCAUCCUUUUCACCAGCAGCUGUAUAACUUCGUGAAACAACAAGCCCUGAGCCAGGAUAUUGUUGGUCCCUUGAAGCAAGGUUCGAUGCAUGUCCAUGUCCCCGUGCCAGACAUCGAGGACGCAAAGAUUGCGGAGACGAUCGAAUCAGAGCUCCAUAAAUUGAGGGAAGGUAAUGGGCUGUCUCGCUCAUUCAACAGGAUCAACAUCGAAGGUCCUUGACCGGUGCGAUGAGACUAUCGGAGUGCCCCGAAAUAAACUAUGCGGCAGCGGCGGCAUUUGCUUUCUGAAAAUUGUUAUGGGGUUAUAUAUAUAGCAGUUCUUGCUUGCAAUCGCUGGAUGCAAAGCUUGGCUAAAUGGCUAGGAUCACUAGAGAAGGUAGUAAAAUGCUGUUCUAAUAACCGAGCCUGUACUUUCGAAGAUUGUACUGUAGUAGUUAGCUCUAAUUAACACAGCGAAUGUAUCAUUAGCGUGUUACUGUUUUCAUGCUUAUGGCAGGGAAAUGAGAUGCUUCCGUCUGAUGUAUCAACCAGUCCUCUGAUGUAUCAACAUAUGUAUAUAUAAGUAUAACUGCCCUCUGAUGUUGGGGCAUCGUAUAAAGAUCAACAUAAGUACUAA